CCAGGGAGCCCCGCGCCGCGGCCGCCGGACACGCCCCCAGCCCUGUCUGCCUCCAGCCCCGUCUGCCCCCAGCCCUCGCCCCGGUUCUGCAGCGCGGCGCCGAGCGCGCAUCACGGCAGCCUGGCGCUGCGCAGGAGCCUCCCCCUGGACGCCCUCCGGGGAGACGGCCAAGAUGGAGAGCUGGCCCAGAGCCCAGAAGGUGGGGGCCGCCCCAGGGGGCAGCCGGGGUAGAGGCCGCGUGUGCCAGGCCUGUAAACCCCACUCUGUGCCAGCCAAGAGCCUGUGCUGACCCGAAAUGGAGAACUUCCAGUACAGCGUCCAUUUGAGCGAGCAGGACUGGGCUGAGUUCUUGGCCACAGCUGAGGAGUGUGACCUCCUGCAGGCCAGCCUGGCCUCCGGGGACGAGCUCCUGUCCAGUGACAUUGACCAAGGGGACAGCAGUGGCAGUAGUCCUCCUGGGCCCCCACCUCAUCUCAAGGGGCAGUCUACUCCUGCGGGGAGGGGCUGGCCUGGCUUCGAGGAAGAGGACAAGGCGGUCACCCGACAGCUGGUCAGCAGUUCUUGGCGUGAGCCUGGGCUGGCCCUGGGGGCCAGUCAGCAGACGCCGAGCACGUCCACACAGUCGGAAGCUUGGCUGUCCCUUAGCUCUGGCCAGAACUCGUCCUUCCCUGGGUCUUCCAGAUCCGAGAUGCAGCGACUUCUGCAGGGGCCAGCCCCCCGGGGUCCUGCCCUCAGCCCCCCUGAAGGGACUUCUCAGAGCUCAGAGGCCCCCGCCCGCAGCACCGCGCCCCAGGGGCACCCCAGCAGCCCUGGAGCCCCGACACGCAGCCCCAGCCGAAAGAAGAGGCGCUCUGCAGGCACCAAGGCCGGGUGCCGCUCCAGCACCCCGGGAUCUGCUCCCACCCAGGCAAGCUCGCCCCUGGGAGCCAACACCAGGUCCAGGAGCCCAGGGCCUGGGGAGGGACCCUUGGCUACGGUUGGAAUGCGGACCCCAGGCACCAGGCAGGAAAAGUCAUGGCAAGACUCUACAGAGGCCCCUGAGCAGAUGGCCACACAGAGUUUGGAUCUGUCUACACCCGCCUCUCCCACCAAGCAAGGUCAAGACCGGCUCAGAAUGACCUCUGGGGCCCAGCCACAUGCAAAAUCCUCACCUGCCCUGGAGGGUCGCCUGGAUAGCUCAGUGGCUAAGUUAGACACACCUCUGUCUACACCCGCCUCCAAGACUCAGCCCGAUACGCCUCUGUCUACACCCACCUCCAGGACUCAGCCCAAUACGCCUCUGUCUACACCCACCUCCAAGCUUCACCUUAACACACCUCCGUCUACACCUGCCACCAAGACUCAGCCCGACACACCUCUGUCUACACCCGCCUCCAGGACUCAGUCCAAUAUGCCUCUGUCUACACCUGCCUCUAAGAUUCAGCCCGACACACCUCUGUCUACACCCGCCUCCAAGCCUCAGCCCGAUAUGCCUCUGUCUACACCCGCCUCCAAGCCUCAGCCCGAUAUGCCUCUGUCUACACCCGCCUCCAAGCCUCAGCCCGAUACACCUCUGUCUACACCUGCCGCCAAGACUCAGCCCGACACACCUCUGUCUACACAUGCCUCUAAGACUCAGCCGGAUACGCCUCUGUCUACACCCACCUCCAAGCUUCACCUCAACACACCUCCGUCUACACCUGCCGCCAAGACUCAGCCCGACACACCUCUGUCUACACCCGCCUCCAGGACUCCACCUGAUACAUCUCUGUCUACACCUGCCUCUAAGAUUCAGCCUGACACACCUCCGUUUACACCCGCCUCCAAGCUUCAGCCCGAUACGCCUCUGUCUACACCCGCCUCCAAGCCUCACCUCAACACACUUCUGUCUACACCCGCCUCCGAGACUCAGCCCAAUACGCCUCUGUCUACACCUGCCUCCAAGACUCAGUCUGACACACCCGCCUCCAAGUCUCAGCCUGACACGUCUCUGUCUACACCUGCCUCCAAGACUCAGCCCGACACACCUCUGUCUACACCUGUCUCCAAGCCUCAGCCUGAUACACCUCUGUCUACACUCACCUCCAAACCUCAGCCCGACACACCUCCGUCUAUACUCACCUCCAAGACUCAGCCUGACACACCUCCGUCUACACCCACAUCUAAGCCUCAUCUCAACACACCUCAGUCUACACCUGCCUCCAAGCCUCAGCCUGACACACCUUCGUCUACACCUGCCUCCAAAUCUCAGCCUGACACACCUUCAUCUACACCCUCCUCCGAGAUUCAACCUGACACGCCUCCAUCUACACCCAUUUCCAAGCUUCAACUCGACACAUCUCUGUCUACACCCCCCUCCAAGAUUGAAUUCGAUACACCUUUGUCUACACUUGCCUCUGUGCCUCAGCCUAACAUGCCUUUGUCUAUACCUGCCUCUGAGAUUCAACCCAAUAUGCCUCUGUCUACACCCUCCUCCAAGAUUCAACCUGACACAUAUCUCUCUACAUUUGUCUCUAAGCCUCAGCUCAACACACCUCCGUCUACACCUGCCUCCGAGCCUCAGCCCAACACACCUCUGGCUAUACCCACCUCCGAGCCUCAGCCCAACACACCUCCGUCUACACCCACCUCCGAGCCUCAGCCCAACACUCCUCUGGCUAUACCCACCUCCAAGCCUAGACUGGACACAGACUUGGGCAGAACCAGCCCAGUGGUGGAAAAAGAGGUGGACUCAUCUGUCUUUGCCUCCAAGGCUGCACCCCCUACAGCUCCGCCUGCUGUGGACCUGCUCACACCUGCCCCCACUCCCCAGAGUGGGCCUUCUGCUCUGGGCAUGGAGAGUGCCCCUGUGAGUGAGCUGGGUCUGAGCCCUGCUGUGGCUUCAGGGUGGCCCCAGGAAAACCCCAGAGGCAAAUCCCCAGAAGGCGCCCCUGCUGGUCCUGCCCCAGUGCCCAGGAGGAAGAAAGUGCGGUUCUCCGUGCCACCUUCCUGCCCCGAGGAGCCAGGCUCAGGAGGGGCCCCGGCGCCCCCUUCACCUGCCACAACCUGGCCCCCCGCCCUCAGGACAGUGGCAGGGGGCUGCGGGGGGCCUGGAGCCUGGGAUGCCGUGGCCGUUGGGUCUCGCCCCCCCCAGCCUCGGAUCCUUAAGCACUUGCCUCCACCCGCCCCCUCUGCUUCAGCGGGGUCUGGACCUCGGAGCUCCUUUGUGGUGACCCUCCCUGAAGCCUACGAGUUUUUUUUCUGUGACACCAUUGAAGAGGAAGAAGAAGAGGCUGAGGAGGCCUCAGAAAUUCCCACUGAAGUUCAGUGGCCGGAUGUGUGUGAGUUCUUCUUCAGAGACAGACAAACCCAGAGGGCAGGGCUCAAAGGGGGCACCCAAGCCUCAGCACCCGGGAAGGAGCCCGUACCAGGCUUCCCAGCCCCCAUGAAGGACCCUGCACCCAUCACUACCCCUGAGACCUAUGAGCACUUCGUCAGAGAGAAUCAGCCAAGAAGCACAUUGGAGCCGGCAGUCCUCCAGCUGCAGGCCACAGGCAAAGAGUCGCUCCCUGAGGCACCGUCCCGGAAAGUGGGGCCUGGCUGCUCCCAGGAACCCCAGUGUGCUGCCACUAAGCAGCCCCAGCUGGCACUCAGGCAAACAGGGGAGCCCUGGGGUCCUCUCACUUCGUUUAACUUCAGCCAGAAGGACAUGUGCCUGGUGUUUGUAGCCUUUGCCUCCUGGGCUGUGAGGACGUCAGAUCUGCACAACCCCGAUGCCUGGAAAACAGUCCUGCUGGCCAACCUCGGCACCGUCUCAGCCAUCCGCUACUUCCGCCGGCAUGUGGGGCGCAGGCACCGCAGCCCCCGCCGCAGCAGAAGCCCCAGCCCCAGCUCCUAGGAGGCUCCUUCCUCGUCCAGCCCAGGAUGAUGUGGGACAAGCAGCCACUGGUGCUCAGGACAAGCUCUGCCCCCUGUCCUGCCCCGCACCCUGUUUCCUGCAACAUCGUGGACGGAGCUAGCAUCAUGCUGGCUGCCUUGGGCUCACUUGAGUGUCCGGACAGCGGCUGCCAAGGCCGAGUCUGCAGAGCACAGCGAGGAAGGGGGAGGCGAGUCUGCGGGUAGGUGAGAGCAGGUGCUGGUGGGAGGGUGGCCCCGCAGCCAUGUGGCGCUGGGGAUGGAUGCACUUUCUCCAGCGAACUGCUGGUGUGUGGCCUGUCUGCUAACUGGGUUCCUGGUUGGCUGGGGAGGAGAGGCAGAGAGGGAUGUUGGAAAGCAGAGGCCCCAAGAACCUGGGCAGGGGCUGAAGAAAGGGUGGGCUGGGUGGGUGAGGGGCCCCGCCUCUGAGGCAGUGGGCAGCAAUGUGGGGAGCUGUGGGACAGAGUCUCAAGGCCCUCCU